AUGACCAACUACCCAUUAUUUCAGCCUGAUCAUAUGCAUCCGCAACAGCAACAACCGCAGCAACCACAACUGUCACACUAUGCUGAACUACCUCAGAGUCUUACCCCGUUGUUGAAUGCUCAACUGUUGUAUGACUUUGAUGAACCCCAGGUGAAGAUUGAAGAGUUGAAAAACUCCCCAUCACAAGCACUGCAAAAGCUGCCACGCGACUUACCUGUCCAAUCACAACACGACCAGCUAAACCAACUUCAACAGACGACACCUCAACGCACAUUUCCCAACUCUUCUGGCCAAAGUCCGUUAUUCUUGACUGAAGAACCCAACGAAAACCAAGUUCCUGAAGAUGCAGAACAUACAGGACAUGACUUACAAGUAUUCAAUAGAAAUCAGAUGGACUUUGAAGACGCUACAUUUCCUGAACUUAAGCCUUUGACCAUGCCAGUGAAUAGUCCGUUAAGAUUCGAUUUCGGAGAUCCGUUAUUGUCCGAAUUGAAGUUCCAGCCACCAACACAACCAGCGAAAAAGAGGAAGGAAAGCGGUGGACCUAAAACAAGACCUGCUUUUGUGAUGAAAAUAUGGUCCAUGGUUAAUGAUAAAUCUAAUGACGAGUAUAUUCGGUGGAAUGACGAUGGGAAAACUUUCCAAGUAUUCAAACGUGAAGAUUUCGUUCAUAAAAUCCUUCCUGCUUAUUUCAAGCAUCAGAACAUGUCAAGUUUUGUUAGACAGUUGAAUAUGUAUGGAUUUCACAAGGUUCAAGAUAUAACAAACGGUACAUUAUACCCAAAUGGCGACAAGAGCGGGGGCGACGAAGUUUGGCAAUUUGAAAACCCAAACUUUAUACGUGGCCGCGAAGAUCUAUUGGACAAUAUAGUGAGAAACAAAUCAGUACCUCAAGAAGAAUCGCAGCAGUUGACAGAUACCCACACAGUGGCCAACGGUGAUUUAGGCUUGAUUCUUUCAGAAUUGAGUCAAAUAAAGCAGAAUCAAGCAAGAUUGAAUGAGGAGAUUUUGCGUAUACGACAGGAUAAUCAGAAUAUGUACAGUGCAAACUACAUCAACAGGGAAAGAACUCAACAACAAGGUCGCACGAUAAACAAGAUCCUCAAAUUCCUUGCAGCUGUGUACAAUGACUCUACGAUCAAGGGACAGGCUUCAUCGGCUGAGAAUGGCCAAUAUGGUGAUAUUCCAUUCCGUCGUCGUCGCCAAACAGAAGAUGAUCAAGGACCAACCUACCAAUCACCCUCAUCUACUUCCUCUGAGCAACAGAGAGCAUCAGAUGCUCCAACUGGUCAAUUCACGAGAAAGCCAAGGUUAUUACUUACAAAUAGACCAAGUUCAAUUAGGUCUUACUCUACACCAGACACCAUCGAAUCCAUCAAAAGGCGCCAAUCAUCCACGAGUAAUGUGAAUCGUCUUCACCAGGAAUUGAUGAAUGGUGCUGAUGCUGACAAGGGUAUUUUGGAAAAUGGACCAGACAUUGACCAGCUUGAAAAUCAAAUUCGAAGCUCUGAUCAGUCUAUAGAGCAAGUACAAGAUUGGAUUGAGAAGCUUGCGCAACAGGAACAGCAACAGCAACAACGGAUUCCACCUCAACUACUACAGAAUACCAAUGGUGAGGCUCACGUUGGUCCAACUCCACAAUUGGCAGGCUACCCAGAAAAUGACGACGAUGACCAAUUCAAUGUCGAUGAUUUCUUGAGAAGUGCAAAUACGCCAGGAUCAGUACUGAGCCCCAUGCCACCCCUCGCUGGUGUCAAUGGCGGUGGGGGAGGAAGCUCUUUUAAUGGAAACUCUUAUGAUCAUAUCCUACAAUCACCACAGUUGCAGCAUGUCCAAUUAUCACAGGAUACACAACAACAGUCCCAACUGAAUGGAAAGAAGAGAACUAUUCAAGAAAUUUACGACAAUUGA